CUGGCGUCGAGGUUGGGGGCGAGGAAGGAUUGCGGGGUCAUGCGACUACUAUCCUUUCCGGGAAGGCUAGACUUUCAGGAGCGCGACGCCGGUCCAUAGUUCGCAUAUAAAGCUUGGCCCAUAGGAUAGUGAGAGAGAGAGAGAACUGUCCACAUCCCAAAAAUCCCCUCGAAGCAUACACGAUUUUGGACGCCAGGUCCUCGGGCUCUACAUUCUCUCCCGAGCCAUGCCCCUCGUCAUCUCCGAGGUCAAAGGCGGAAAGGACUUCGACAAAAUAGUCCCCAUGGACUACGACGCAUGGCGGGUCCCCGGGAACCCGCAGCUCAAGCACUUCCGGCCCGUCUUCCCCACCCGGGAGGAAGCCAUCGCGUGGGAGAUCAACAGAAAGCUGACCACGCUACGAGACCAAGACCCCAAAGUCUUCAUGCUCAAGGUAGUGGACACGGAGACAGACGACGCGGUGGGGUUCGCCAUGUGGUACGUGAACGACAAGGAGGAUCCGUACGGCGAGAAGACGGUGGCGAAGUGGCACCCCGAGGGCUCGGAGGAGCGCGAGUUUGCGGAGAGGUUUAUCAACGGACUGUGGGGGUUUAUUGGGAAGCGGGUGACUAGGCCGCAUAUGGAUCUCUGGUCCCUCGUCGUGCAUCGGGAUCACCGCUACCGUGGCAUAGGGCGCAUGCUCAUCCGCUGGGGCAUAGAGAAGGCAGACGAGCUGGGCAUCGAGACUGUCGUUAGUUCGCUGCCAUCUGCUCGCGGCGCGUACGAGAAGUGUGGGCUCGGAGUCAUUGAAGUUAUUCCGCCUGACGAAUCGCUUAAUGUGCCGAAUCCGAGCGAGAAAUGGAAAGAGCUGCAGUCUGAAGAUCUUAGUGGAUGGUUGAUGUGGCGGCCGAUUGGACACGAUUACGUUGAAGGCGUGGAUAAAGCGCCGUGGGUGUAA